CCCCCGCCUGCACAGCAGCCCCGGCUCCCGGCCCUAUGACGGGGCGGGCUCUGCCGGGGCCUGCGGGCGGGGCCGUUGCCGCCACCACCUCCUCAGCCCCCGCCUGCCCAGCUGUGGCCGGCCCUGCCGGCGGUGGGGCCCGCCAUGGGGCUGUGCCUGCCCUGCAUGGGGGGAGCCGUCAAGGACGUGGUGGAGACGCCCGACCCGGAAGUAAAAAGAAGACAGCUAGCAGAAGCUGCUGAAAAGAGGCAGAUGGAGGCUUCCUCUCGAGGCAUUAAGAAUAUUCAGUCUGUAGAGCAAAAGAAAAAGAAACAGGAAGAAAUAGAAAAAAGAAUUGCAGCUUCAGGUUCUGGAGGAGGAGGAGGAGGCCUGAGAUGGCAGGUUGGAUAAAGAAGGAUGACUUCUGGAGAGGAGAUGGAUGUUUGUGGCCAACAGCCUGCCAGUUUCUGCAGCAGAGUGGCACUUACUCAUCAUGUGGCUUUCCCUGUUUGCAUAUGAAGAGUCAGCAGUACUUUUGCCAUUGUGGAAGGACAGAUGUGGAAACAGACACUAAGAAACUUAAAGAACUAACUCUGAAAACUUAAGUUUUGGGCAGUUUUGGUUUGGUUUAUAUGCAUGUUUAUUGCUUCCCUGUGAAGGGAGUGAGAGGAGUUUUCUCUCAUGACAGUGGCCUCCUUACCUGUAGUUGGUUGGUAUGUAUGUGCUGUCUGGUCAGUUGGAUGUCUGUCUGUCUGCCUGUGUGUGACUGGUUUAGGCACAGCUCAGGUGCCCAAGUAGUUUUUUUGACACUUCAAGCUCUACCAUUAAACUUUUUUUCCAAAUCCUCAUGUAGAAAGUUGUUCAUAAAUAUAUAUAUUUGAAUAUGUAGGUAGCAGCAAUCUCUUCAUUUUCCUGAUGACUUUAGGGAUUUAGUGCCUUUUUCAGAAUAAACAAAGAUUUAUGGUGAGUCCUUACAAAUGGAAGGAUUUUGUGACAGUAGUUAAAAAACCCAGAAACCUUUAUAAACGCUCUAUACUUAUAGGAAGAAAGCUGCUUUAUUAAGAGUCUAAUAAUUGUUCUCCUUUUCUGAUGUGGAUAUUUUUUGAGUCUGUAGUAUUUAUAACGAAUACUGAAAGCUAAACAUUAAAAAUACUGUUAAUAA